UCUGACUUCGUCGCUGAGUCCACCCUCUAGCUCGGAGGUGUGAGUCUGCGGCAGAUCUUUCUGUGGACCCUUUUACACUUCAUUCACAAGCAUGUCGAACAUUGCACGAAUUUGCUUCAUCAUGACAUGUCUGGCGUGAUGUCCUCUUUCAGCAUCAUUUUCUCGAUCAGUGCUACCUCCAUACACUGUGGAAGACAUUCGUCGCCAGCUGAAAACCGCUGGACCACAUCUGGACACAGCCUAUUGUUGUCCCCAAGCGUCUUUAUACGUUUCUACUGGAUUUUUCUGGUGUAUUUCAAAGUCUCGGAUUUCUUCCGGGUGGGACAUGGCCAGUAUUGCUCUUCCACUUUUUGACACUCCAACUUGUGCUUAAUAGAAUCAAGCACGAGAGCUGGAUGUCCUGAUG